AUGCUCCAUCAUCCAGAUUCACUCUGGCUCUACCAUCUCACGCUUCGGCUGCCGUCCAAUAGCUUUGCCUCGAUCGUGGGGAAUUUCUCUGGCGAUAAGAAAGUUCAGGAAUUAGUUUUGGCCUCGAACACCACUCUUGAAGUAUAUAGACUAAACACAGACACAGGGAAGUUGGAUCGAUUUCUGUGCCAGCGAGCAUUUGCCUUGAUCCAAAGGAUAGAUAAAAUCCGGCUUGUUGGCACCACCAAGGACCUUCUCGUAGUGACCGCAGACUCGGGUAUACUUACCGUUUUGCAACUUGAACCAACGUCGAUGCGAUUCGUGCCCAUUGUGCAAGAACCACACUCCAAAAAUGCACUUCGAAGACUCACGCCGGGUGAGUAUUUAUGUGUUGAGCCCCGUGGGCGCGCAAUUCUCGUCGGCGCCAUCGAAAGAGACGGCUUAGCGUACAAGGUCCAGAUGGACGACAGCAAAGGGUCUUUGGCUCUUUCAUCUCCGCUCACAGUUUCAACAAAGGGCAUCUUGACGCUCUCUCUUUGCUCGUUGGAUACGGGAUUUGAGAAUCCCAUGUGGGCCGCCAUCGAAAUCGACCAUCUGGCCUACGAAAAUAGAUCCUACGAUGCGGAAUCGACUCCUCUCCAGCUCGCAUACUACGAAUUUGACCAGGGUUUGAACCAUGUAGUGCGGCGCAAAUCUAAACACCUCAUUCCAAGCUCGGCGUCCUCACUCGUAGCCAUGCCUGGCCAUGUUGGUGGCUUGGUAAUCUGUUGUGGGACAUAUUUGAUAUACGAGGAUGGACCUGUAAACUCCAGCCGUCUAUACGUCCCCCUUCCAAUUAGAGAGGACUCCGAAGAGUCGACAAUUGUGUGUUCCUUGCUGCAUACCCUCAAAAAAACUGACUUCUUCCUUCUUCUCCAGACAUCGUUGGGUGACUUGAUUAAAGUGACAGUCGACUAUGACAAUGAGAAGGAUAUGAUACGGUCUAUAUCUGCUACCUACUUCGACACUAUUCCCAUCUGCAACAGCAUAAAUGUUUUCAAGGCUGGAUACUUGUUUGCAAACUGCUCGGACAGAAACAAGGUCAUGUAUCAAUUUGAGCUGCUCGGAGAAGACAACGAGACAACUCAAACUUCGGUGGCACUGAAAGACGAACUUCCCGAAAAAACGAAAUAUCAACCAAAAACACUCCGACACCUAGCUCGUAUCGAUGAAAUUGAGUCCUUGGGGCCAUUGACAGAUAGUAUGCUUGUUGAGACUCUUUCGAAAGAGUCACUGGACCCGCUCAAGCGUCUUGUAACCACCUCUUCGAAAUCUUCACUCAAGACUUUGGACUACGGUCUCUCGGUCUCUGAGUUAGUGUCUUCGCCACUUCCCAUCAAUCCUACCGAUAUUUACACCGCAAAACUUCUGCAAGGGGCUAUAAAUGACCAGUACUUGGUACUUUCGUCUUCUUUGAGUCAAAAGACGAUGGUUUUAUCGAUUGGAGAGGUUGUGGAAGAAGUCAGUGACUCUGGCCUAGAAAUUGAUCAACACACAUUGAUGGUGCAACAAAUUGGUACAAAUUCACUUGUCCAGAUUCACACUAACGGUAUUCGUAACAUUCAUCACACAUUUGACGAGGAACUUAAUGUCACCGGUCGAAAAGUCACAGACUGGUUUCCUCCUGCUGGAAUUCAAGUGCUUCAAGCUUCGUGCAACAGCGAGCAAGUCGUGGUGGGCUUGUCCAAUAGAGAAAUCGUUUAUUUUGAGAUUGACAAGGCAGAUGAUCAGCUUUUAGAGUAUCAAGAGAGAUUCGAAGUCUCUGAAGGCUCGAUCACCGCCAUUGCCAUAGCCACGAGUCUAUUGAACGAACGCCGAAGCUCAUUUUUAGUCGUUGGUGUUUCUGAUGAGAGCAUCCAAGUUCUCUCGUUGCAACCACAUAAUUGCUUGGAAGUUUUAACCCUUCAGGCGCUUUCGUCUAAUUGUCGCUCCUUACUUUUGCUCCCCGUUGACAAGGAUACCUUGUAUGUGCAUAUCGGAAUGGACAAUGGUAUUUAUGUUCGUGUCAGCAUUGACCCAAUUUCUGGUAAAUUGUCAGAUUCGAGACUUAAGUACCUAGGAACUAAGCCAGUUCAAUUGCGGAGUUUGUCACUCCCAAAUAUGGAGAGCGCUGCGAUAUUGGCCUUCAGCUCACGACCCUGGUUGGGUUACUUCAAUUUUGACAAAAAUCUCAAGUUGUUCCCGCUUCUAAACUCCAAGAUCUCUAGUGGUGCUUCAUUUUACUCAGAGGAUAUUGGUGUUGAGAGCGUGGUUGGCAUUUACAAUGAUAACAUGAGUAUAUUCACCAUUGGCAAGGAAGAUGGUGGUGGUUUAGACUACAGUUCGGACUUUGUCACCAGUGAAGUGAAGCUUCGGUAUACUCCCCGUAGAUUGCUCAAGUCCACAAAAAAGAACAUCUACUACGUACUUCAAGCCGAACCAAACAUCAAGUCGCCGUUCAAGGACAGUGAGACUGCUGACGAGGAACAAUUUGAAACUUUUGGGUAUCCUAGACACGCUAAUUCUUGGGCCUCUUGCAUUCAGGUAGUUGACCAUAAUCAAGAGGAGAUUCUCCAAACAUACGAGUUUCUUGAUAACAAGUACGCUGUAUGUAUGGCAUUCGCCAAAUUUGGCUCUGGAGUUCACCUUGUUGUGAGUGCAACACAAUGCGGCACGAACCAAUCAUACUCGAUGUUUACCUUCAAAGUUGAUUCAGAUCACAAGCUCCAAUUGCUUUAUGAGACCAAAACAGAUGGCCCAGUGACUGCUCUCGAAGAAUUUGAAGACAAACUCGUGGCAGUUGUUGGAAAUAGUAUUCGAAUCUACGAGAAGGGAAUGAAACAUCUAUUGAGGAAAUCCUCCACCACGAUAGAAUGUUUGAGUAGGGUGAACAAAAUAGAGCAUUUGGAGUCUGGACUCUUCAUUGUCGCCGAUGCCUCCUCUUCAGUGAUCUACGUCAGCUACGACGCUACAACAAAUCACUUCGUACCCAUCAUCAGUGACACGGUCAGUCGUGCUGUGACAGCUUUCACAACUCUCGACACUCGUACUGUGGUAGCAGGCGACAAGUUUGGCAACAUAUUCGUGAACAGAGUUCCGCAAGAGGCUGCAUCUCAGAUUUCUAAUAAUGUUUUGACUCAAUUUCAAGAUGAGUAUCUCAACGGACCCAACUACCGUCUCUCGAAACUUUGUGAUUUUUACAUAGCUGAUGUUCCUACAUCAUUUCACAAAGGUUCGUUCGUCGUGGGUGGCACAGAGAGUUUGGUCUACACUGGUAUACAAGGUACAAUCGGCAUUAUGUUGCCGGUCGGCACCUAUCAGGAGGUAGAAUUUCUACUUAAUUUCGAGAAAGCAAUCAGAAAGUUCUAUGAAAGAGAAUUGGAUGACAUUGAGAAGCCAAGUCAGCGAAUCAAUCUUGUGGGUAGAGAACAUCUCAAGUUCAGGGGCUACUACAACCCAGUGAAAAACGUUAUAGACGGAGAUUUGUUGGAAAAAUAUUUCGAAUUGGACUCUGGCACAAAAAUAAAGAUAGGCAGUGAAUUGGGGCGGGUUCCGCGCGAGGUUGAACGGAAGUUGUAUGACUUACGUAAUAGAGCAGCAUUCUAA